CCAGGACUUCAUCUCCCUCCCCCCUCAAAGAUCUGCCAUCCCCUAGCCACUCACUGGAUAUCGCACUCCCCAAGAUCUUGGUCCAGACACAGGUUAAAGUCACCCUGGGAUUUAUAAAGCUUUGGUUCAGAAUUGAUCUGAAGCUUUGCCUUUCUUCUUGGUUGUAAUUUAAAAAAACUCUGCUUGAAUUAAGGAUUGCCCAACCUGGUCUGCAGCCAUGCCUCUCUCUGGAACUCCAGCACCUCCAAACAAGCGGAAAAAGUCCACCAAGAUCAUUACCGACCUGUCUCAUGUCUCUCAGAACGAGAAUGAGUCUGACCCAGAGGCAUCAGAGUUUGACCUGGGGACAAAGAUCCGGCAACCCAGGGACAUCAUGAUGGAGGAGCUGUCCCUGAUGAGGAACAAAGGCUCGCAGAUGUUCAAGUUAAGGCAGAAGCGAGUGGAGAAGUUUAUCAUUGAAAACAACCCUGAUGUUUUCAGCAGUGAGUCUAUGGAGAACUUUCAGAAGUUCGUACCAAGUCUUGGGGGUCAGAUGAUGAAUAUUGACGGUCAACUCGUCGGUGGACAGAUGGUCGGGCAGGCAGGUGCAGGUGGUGCACCUGUGCCACCUCCCAAACCAGGAAGCCAUGGUAAGGGGGCAGAAGCAGGGCAUUCAAUGGGAGGCAUGGCAGGAGGAGCUGGAGGAGAUGGACACGGAGGAGCAGGUGGUGUUGGCGGUGCCGGUGGACAAGGUGGUGGAGCACAUGGAGUCGCUGGCCAUGGUGGGAAAGGAGAGAAGACUGCAACGAAGCGUGAGUAUGUGAAGACGUACCUAUCCCCAUGGGAGCAGGCCAUGAAAGGGAACGAGGACCUGAAGGCAACCCUGAAAGCUAACAUGCCAGGCCCUUAUAUUUACCAAGACCUGCCCAAAUACAAGAGCUUUAACAGGACUGCCAUUCCCUUUGGUGGCUUUGAGAAGGCAUCCAAGCUAAUGACCUUCCAGGUUCCAAAACCUGAGGUGGUCAAGGAACAGCCUGAACCAGAUGUGGUGUACCACCAAGACAUUAGCACACGACCUUCCUUUAACCGCACCCCCAUUGGCUGGGUGACCAGUGGUGAGUCCAGCAGCAUCCACAUGGAGCUGGACACCAUGCCCUUUGAUGGGGAGACAGACGACCUGUAAGGGGAGGACACACAGACAUACACACAUCCCAUCUUCAACUUUAGUGCGUGACAUCAUUCAUUGCAUUUGAAUGAAUUUUGUUCUAUUCUGAUCUUCCCUACGUGCGAGCAGGCAUAUGAACAGAAACAGUAUCACAUAUACACACACUUUAAAUGUUGUCCAAGGUCAGUGCCACAAUCGGGUAAAUAAAAAAAGUAUCACUGAUUUGAAUGGUAUAUUUGCAUUUUGUCAAUUUGCUGAAUACUUUAAAGCAGAUCACUAACAUUCUACAAAGUACCAGUUUCUUUGACAUCUUUAUUAUUUUUCCAAAAAGUAAUAUUUGACUUUGGAAAUAAGUACAGGCUUAGCUUAUGAUCCUCCCAGUAGUCUAUGUAAUAGGUAGGUUCGUUUUGCAUGACUUCCACAUAACUAUUGAAAUCUAGAUAAGUUUGAGUGAAAGAUGAAUGUUUUCUUACCCUUUUCAAGUCAGCAUGUUGCACUUUAGAGUUGUGGGUAUUGCCACAAACUAUAGGCUGCUUAUGUUCCCUGCAGGUUGCAACCUGUAGCCUACUUAUCUAUCUACUUGCUACAUUCUGUGAUGUUAAGGCUUUUAGCUGCUAAUUGUAUUGUCAUCCCUGCACGUGAAUGUAUGCACAUUAAAGGCUCUUAAUGUUUCUAUGGAUGACAGUUGCCACUUUGUAUGUCCUUGCUACAAUUUAAUAAACAUUUUCAAAGUGUAA